CUGCUGACCACUGACCAUCCCAGAGGCCCUUCUAUUCCCGAGGAAGAGCCAGGGCAGCCGGUCCCUGCCCCUCACGGAGAUGCUGCUCGGAGCCUGGCUGCACUGGGCUUGCCUCCUGCUCCUGGCCCAGCUUGCCCAGCCCUGCCCUGUGGGGUGUGACUGUUUCAUCCAGGAGGUGUUCUGCUCUGAUGAGGAGCUGGCUGCCAUCCCACUGGACAUCCCCUCCUAUGCUACACACAUCAUCUUCGUAGAGACCUCGUUCACCACGGUGGGAGCCAGGGCCUUCAGCGGCAGCCCCAACCUGACCAAGGUGGUCUUCCUCAACACCAACGUGUGCCACUUCGGGCCGGAUGCCUUCGGGGGGCUGCCAAGGCUUGAGGACCUGGAGAUCACUGGCAGCACCUUCUCCAACCUCAGCGCCGAUGUCUUCUCCAACCUGACCUCAUUGGGCAAGUUCACCCUCAAUUUCAACAUGCUGGAGGCUCUGCCUGUGGGCUUCUUCCACCAUAUGGAUGCACUGGAGUCCCUCCAGCUUCAGGGAAACCGGCUCCAGACCCUGACCGGGACAGUCUUCCAGCCUCUGAGACGUCUGAGGACCCUCAACCUCGCUCAGAACCUCCUGACCCAGCUGCCCGAGGAGCUGUUUGACCCCCUCUGCAGCCUGCAGACCCUGAAGCUGAGCAACAAUGCGCUGACUGGCUUGCCCCAGGGGGUGUUCAGCAAUCUGGGCAGACUGCAGGAACUCUCCCUGGAUGGUAACAGCAUCUCCGAGCUGCCUUCGGAAGUGUUCGCGCAGCUGUCCCGCCUGGAGAAGCUGUGGCUGCAGCGCAACGCCAUCAGGCACCUGCCCUCGUCCGUCUUCUCUGCCCUGCGCAACCUGACCUUCCUGAACCUGCAGGGGAACAAGCUGCAGACGCUGCCCGCUGGCCUCUUCUCCCGUUCCCCUGGCCUGGUCAGCCUGUCCUUGUCCCACAACCAGCUGGAAACUGUUGCCGAGGGGGCCUUUGCCAACCUAUCUGGCCUCAGUUUUCUCACGCUCUCACACAACGCCCUCACCCAUCUCCCGGCUAGCAUCUUCAGGGACCUGGAGGGGCUGAUCAAACUCUACCUGGGUAGCAACAACCUGACGGCCUUGCACCCUGCCCUCUUUCAGAACCUGUCCAAACUUGAGGUGCUUAGCCUCUCCAAGAACCACCUGACCACGCUCCCGGAGGGCAUCUUCGACACCAACUACAACCUGUUCAACCUCGCCCUCCAUGGCAACCCUUGGCAGUGUGAUUGCCACCUGGCCUACCUCUUCAACUGGCUGCACCAGUACAGCGACCGGCUCUUCAACAUCCAGACCUACUGUGCCGGCCCCGCCUACCUGAAGGGCCAGGUGGUGCCUGCCUUGAAGGAGGAGCAGCUGGUGUGCCCCGUCGCUCGGGACCGCUUGGGCUUCCAGGCCCCGAGGCUGGAGGACAGGGAGCCAGGGGGUGGCUGGGAUCUGGCUGCGGAGGAGAGGGCAGUGCGGGGCCGGUGCACCUACAGCAACACCGAGGGCACCGUGGUGCUGGCUUGUGAUGAGGCCCAGUGUCGCUGGCUGAACAUCCAGCUGUCCUCCAGGCAGGGCUCGGGCUUCCCAGCACUGGCGCUCAAUGCCAGUCAGGAGUGGGACUUGAAGUCCAGCUGUGGCUCCGUGAGGGUCACUGUGUCCAUUGAGGCCCGGGCAAGGAAGCCCUAGGCCCAGGGCAUAGGGGCCAGGAGCUGGGCAGACGGCCUCUGGGCCUGACCAGGCAGGAGAUGGCGGAGGGGAGCUGAAGCUUGGUGUUUUCAGAUACAAGGGAUGGACUUACAUCUCCAAGGUGGAGGAGGUGGAGGCGGCUGGCUCCAGCACCCUGAGUCUCUGUCUCCCCUCUUCCUCCACUACCCCAGUCUGAGUCUGAGACCUCACAAGGCCUUCCUCAAGCUUUGCAAAGCACCCGCUAAAGCUGCAUUGUGGUCCAGAGAAUAAAAUAACGCUGCUCC